AUGGCGCUGACCAACGUUCCUCCGGCAUACGCAGCCAUUGGAGUCAUCCUGUUGUUCCUCAUUACUACCCUGACAUCCUCUCGUGGCCCUAGGAUCACGCGCAAUGGCAAAGCAUUACCAAAACCACCUAAUACGCUACCCUUUGUCGGCAAUGGCAUCCUCUUCCUGAGGCCUCGCCAGAUCUUGUUCUCCUGGUUUACAAAGUGUGUCCAUCAACAUGGGCACACCACCCUCCAAAUCACCGUGCCAUCCCUGCCGCCCGGCGUGAUCAUCUCCUCGCCAGCCUGUCUAGACUACGUUUUCAAGCACGAGGGGCUCUUUGAGAAAGGCAGCUUCUUCAAAGAUAGGAGCUGGGACCUGUUUGGCAAUGGCAUCAUCAACACCGACGGCGAGGCGUGGCGAGUCCAGCGGAAAGCAGGGCUGGGGUUCUUGAGCAAGAGCAACCUCAGGAUCCUCACCGAUGUCGCACUGCCCAGAUUUCUGGAGGAGGCUUGCGAGAUGCUGGAUGCAGCGAAGGAGGUGGACCUCCAGGAGGUGAUUCACGAGGUCACCACCCAGAUCAUGGGCCGGAUGGCGUACGGACGGGAGAUGCACGCGGGCGACGACUUUACGCAGGCGUUUGAGUACGCCUCGGGCAAGACGGCGGAGCGGUUCCAGAACCCGCUCUGGUGGUGCACCGAGAUGGUCACGGGCCAGAAGCUGCGGCGGUCCAUUCGGUUGAUCAAGCAGUACGGGGAGGGCCUGGUGCGGAGCGCCAUGACGGCGCGCGACAAGGGCGUGGCGGAGGAACAAGAUGGCGUGGACGGCCUCUCGGGCAGCCUGAUCAACUCCCUGCUCGAUGCGAUCCAGGAUGAGACGCUCGUGGCAGACUCGGCUCUGAAUUAUCUGAGUGCGGGGCGGGACACGGUGGCGCAAGCCUUGUCGUGGACCUUUUACCUGCUCAUGCGGCACCCAUCCGUCACCGAGAAGCUUCGCCAAAGCCUAGAGGAGGAGACUGCGGAAUCGCCGUACACCCUGGCCGUCUUCUACGAGGUGCUGCGGCUGUACCCGCCCAUACCCUUUGAGAUCAAGCAGGCGCAGCAGGAGACCACCCUGCCAGAUGGAACCUAUCUGCCCGCGACAUCAGUGGUAGUGUGGUGCCCGUGGGCGAUGAAUCGGUCAAAGAUCACCUGGGGUCCGGACGCGGCCGCGUUCCGACCGGAGAGAUGGCUCAAUGAGCAUGGGCAUCUGAUCAACCGGAACGCAGCCGAGUUCCCCGUCUUCAACGGCGGUGCGCGUCUCUGUCUGGGAAAAAAGAUGGCCGAAGUCAUCGCCGUGCAGGUCAUCACCUGCCUCGUGCCGCGAUACGACUUUGCCCCCGCAUAUACGGGGGAAAGAGUGAGCCGCAGUAGUCUGACGCUGCCGAUGGAAGGGGGCCUUCCUGUAUUCCCGAAAAAGCGAAGAAUAAGCAAAGAAGAAGGGCUCAAGGGGGUAUAUUGA